UCUAACAAGGUUGCUACAUAGCAAAGCUAGCGAAAUGAGGGAUGCCCAACUACCGGACCUACCGAUAGAUGGCUCUACCAGCUGAUUACUGUUGUCUGUAUAUGUCCGCCAUGUUCGAAUUUGGCAAGAAGUUUCUCUAGGGCUGUACGGUGUAUGAGGAAUGAAGGAUUAUCGAAAUGGUGAUUUCUUGUUCCGCUUUCAAUUGUACGAAGCGAUGGAGUAAGGAUAGUGACUUACCAUUUCACAGGUAAUAGGACUAUCGAUACAAUACGAUAAAAAUACAGACUUAGUGCGUUUGCUAAUUCGAUGUUUUUAAAUAGGUUUUCUCUAAAGAAGUGGAUUACUUCCGUGAAGCGGAAAAGGUUUUAUUCCUACAUCUUGCAGUUUUCUUUGCGGAAACCAUUUCCGACGGGAUAAUUACGUAGUGACCUGGAACGUGGAAGAAACGUCUCAAACCCGAAGCAGUGCCAUCAGUUUUUGACUUUCCGAUACAUUUGAUGCCACAAAAUAAACAGCCACGACGACAUGUUGUUAGGAUUUUGAGUGACAACGAUCCUUCUCCAUUUGAGGUAGCUAAUUGAUUUCCUUGCUAUGUGUGUGCUUUUUAAUUUUGUGAAUUUAUUUCGUACGACACAAAUGGGCUACAUAGGUCUCAGCAAUGUUGUAAUACAGGUCCAUAUUUUUGUUUUUAGCGUUCUGUCAUGGAAUCCGUGCUCGAUUUCCCCACUGCAGAAGUUACUGAUUGCGUGGAGAAUGUUGUCAAUGAGAACUCUUCCGUGGAAAGCAUGUCUCAUUUAUCCAAUGAAGAAGCUGCGAAUUGGGUCGAAAACAGUGCAGUUGGUUCUUCAGUUAUUGAUUGUGGUAUACAGUCGAAAGUAGAAAUGGAAGACAAGGCGACCGAAACUUGCAAUUUUUUCUCAGACAUUGUGCACGAAUUAAAACGUAAACUGAAAUGCGUCCUUGAAAAAUUUCGAAGAAGAGAGAAGAAAGUGUUUUCCAUGGAUGACAAGUCCAUUGAAGGAGAAGGGGCAUCUUGCUGAGAAGUUACAUAACUUCCUCAAUCAUCAGAAAGGAACACAAGUGGAAUUAGUGUGCAAUUUAGUGAACAACUCUCUCUCGUCAAAGGAUAAUAGGUAAACAACAAAUGUGAAAAUGUUUGCGAUGACUGUGUACUUUUAUUCACCAGCAGCAUAUGAAUACCUACAAAAAUUAAUGCCUCUGCCCCAUAAAUCAUUUAUUUCCAAAUGGGUGGCAAGUGUAGACUGUGAACCUGGCUUCUUAACAGAUGUUUUUAAGUACAUUGAUUUGAACCCAAUUGUAAGGGACCAGUUCAGCGAUUCAUGUCUAAUUGUAGACAGUAUGGCAAUUAGAAAGCAAGUAGUUUGGGACCAAGGAACUAAGCAAUCCACUACAUAUAGAUAUCCUGCAAUUGCACAGAGAAGUGUAGAAGACAAUGAGGAAAUACAGAUUAUGUGUAUGCGAUCUGUUGGGGACUCAGCAAAGGUAUUCAAACCUGACGAGCAGGUUGAAUCCGACGUAGAGUUUAAACAAGUUCUUGCUAUUCUCCCAAAUCCAAAUGUCAAACAUGCUAGGGACACCUUAUAUUAUGAGUUUCCUGGCAAUUUAGACAUUUUCGAAAGUGGGUGAGAGGUCAAGUGUAUAUUUUUUCAAAGUGGUACAUUCUUCAAGUGAAAUAAUUAAGUACUCAGAACUGUAAACUGAUACUAUACCAAAACUUAUAUUAUUUAUAACCAACAAAAAUAUUCUACAAAGUUAUUAAAACUUAAAGUGCCCACUAAAUAUGUUAC